CUCUGCUCUCUUGGUGCGAAACCAUCAAUGCAAGUGUUCUGAGAAACGAAAACAAAUGUGAUGCCGCAAGAAACACGUCUACUCUCUCAAAUCUCGACCUCACCAACGGACAUUGGACAUACCCUUUAUCCCGCACAUGACUUGAACAUGUAAACCCCUCGUCUUCCGUCCCCUCGGCCCCCCUCGCAAUCCCCGCCCCGGAUUUAUGUGUCCCCGCGGGGCAUGCCGUUCGAACGGCGCGCUUCCCCUUAUCAGCCAACCGAUCCCCCAAGGUCUCUUUCCCUUGCCCCGCACCUCACUCUCCUCCUCCUUUUCCCCUAGCCCAUCUUGAGCGAGUUCCCACCUCCUUGGAGCGAUCAUCCCUCCUCCCUUGAGCGAAUUAUUCAUCCUCCCCAAUUCCCAGCAUGACUGCCACACUUCUCUCGCAGAUCCGCAACACGGUCGUCGUCGAUGUCGACUCGAUGGACCCCACCGUCGCGGAGCGCCAUUCGCAGAAUGGCGCGGCGAAGUUCGCGGAUAUGACCUCGAACCAGGCUAUAACCUUUGGGCAAGUCACUCGCCCCGAACGCGCCGACCUCGUCAAACAAGCCAUCGAGUACGUUCUCUCGAAGGGGACUACACGCGACGCCCCCACCUUCGCCUCAGAUGUCAUCGAUGUCGCCACAGUUCUCCUCGCCAAAGCCGUCUACCCCUACCUCACAGGCAAUGUCCACGCCCAAACCUCGCCCUCCACCGCCUACGAUACCGCCGCGACCGUCGCGCACGCUAAAAAGCUCGUCUCCCUCUUUGCCGACGUCGUCGGCAUCCCGAAAGAGCGCGUGUGCAUCAAGAUCCCCGUGUCGGCGGAAAGCGCGGUGGCAUGCGCGGAGCUGAAGAAGGAGGGGAUCCAGACGCUGGGGACAUGUCUGUUCUCGCUAGACCAGGCGCUGGCAGCUCAUCAGGCGGGCUGCACGUACGUCGCGCCGUACUUCAAUGAGCUCCGUGUCCACUUCGAGCCCUCCACCUGGCGCGAGUUCGCCGACCCGGCGACCGAGCACCCCAUGUCGGGCGUCAUCCUCACCGUGCUCGACGCGUACAAGAAGAUCGGCUCGAAGACGCUCGUCAUGCCCGCGAGCAUCGUCACUGCGAAAGAGGCCACCGCCCUCGCCUCCCUCCGCCCGCACCACCUCACCAUCUCCGGCGCCGUGCUCGACCAGCUCGCCGCCCUCCCUGAGGUGCCCGCAGAACGCCUUGCGCCGCCCCCUGCGCCCAAAUACUCGGAGGAGGGUUUUGCUACCGACUACCUCGCCUCCUCCGGCGCCGCGCUCAAGGCCGCGCUUGCCACGGACGCCGAGUCGACACGCAAGCUCGAUGACGCGCUCAAGCUGUUCGACGACUGCGAACGGCAGACAAAGGAGUUCGUUUUGGCUUUCAAGGUGUAGCCAUGGAGAUGUCGUCUAUUAUAUAUUGAUUGUGCAACUUGAGGAAACGGAGUAGAAGAUUGAUGGGCUCGCGGUAGUCGAAGAUUGACGAGCUCCCAAUGUACAAUAAGUAUACCUCAGCACAAAUCUACCAACUCAUCCUGUGUCCGGUCAACGAUGCGGAGCGGCUGGAUGGUGAGUGGUCUCGAAGCUAAGUAUAGCAAUAAGCUG